AACCAAAGCAUGGAACCUAUGUGGCCGGAUUUGCUACUACCUACCUCACCAUCACGGCGAUGCCUUGAUCGCUUCAGCCUCCUUGAUGAGGAAGGCACGGAUGGUUUGGUAGCGUUCUGGCCGUUGCUUGAACAUAUACUUAGCCAAUCAGUCAAUACCUUGGCUCAGCUUAUAGAUGUACUCGAUACCAUCGCUCAUGUGAACAGUGGCUCUUCUGGGACAGCAAAUGACUAUGGAUUACUCAGGGAAGCUGUGGAGCAGCACAGCGAUACAUUCUUCUCACGAUUAUGGCCAACUAUUGUCCAUAUAGCUCUGAUGCUACCUGAUUUGUUUCCGGCACGAAAGAUUCCUGUACUGCAACCAGGGGAGAAACUAUGUCUUACAACGAAGGAAGUCUCAUGCCUUGUGGCUCACCAGUUUCUCUGCACAUAUCAACUUCCUCCCUGGCGGGAAGGACAUCACGACUUUAGCAUUUGGUAUGGAUCUGGACAGCGGCAUCCGCAAGCAGUACGAAUGUAUCUCACGGCGCUCUUUUCAUAUUUUGACGAAUUCUGUGCAGAGUCACGGAUGAGGAACGUCGGAGCCUCUCUUGAUGGCCAUGUCGAAUUCUCUUUACAUACUUUCGACGGUCCGGAAACCUGUUUAGCGUGGAAAUUGGAUCAAUCUCGGUUGAUGAGACUGAUCGUUGUCCAUCUGGAAAAAUUCAGCACCGAGCCACAGGAAGCUGCCUACCAAGGGCACAGUGGCGCAGCUGUGGUCUCUGCUAAUAAGGAUAUCGGUUUUGGACAGUCAGCGACUCAAGAGGAGUUAUACGUAGGUAACUGCCCCGAGGCUUGUCCCGCAGUGCUGUUUACACCCACGCUGCAAGAUAACCAAGUGCUUGUUAUUCAUGGGGCACGCCCUAUGCUGAGAAUCUUUGGUCAGCGUCGUGAUAUUGUUUGGGAGAAACUUGUGUCAGGGGAGAAGCAAGGAGGUCGAAUGCUGCUUAUGGACGCGCUGGAGCUUGACGAAGCAGAAAGCUCUACAAUGUUACCUGAUCUGAAACAGGAAAACCUCACACGAGAUAUUCGAAAGGCGUAUACGGCGUAUUCAUCAUGGUCAGAUGGUGCGAAUCCGAUUGUGUGGACGGGACUAUGGGGCUGUGGUGCCUUUAACGGCGACCCGGCUACUAAAGCAAUUUUGAUGUGGAUGGCAGCUUCAUUGGCCGGUAAAGAGCUGCGAUUGCUCGUUGAUGCUUCUCAGAAAGAUUUUGGUGUAAAAUUUGGACAGUUUAUCGAAAGAGUUCAGGGGGCUUGGACUGUAAAGGAUCUUUAUAAUUGUUUGAAAGCCAUACCCGAGGGAAUUGGGCGUUGGGAAACAAUGGAUUGGUUACUUGAAAAUGUAUCUGAGCGUUUGUAGGGGUAAUGAUACCAUGAUACGAU